CGUUUUUUUUAGCUGCGGACCGCUGAUCCACACGGGCACGAUCGCGAUCUACUGCUCUCGCUGAAAAAAAGGCUCCGUCGUUUGGUGCCGGAUUUUAGCAGCGUUCACAAGAUCAAACCGCUCGAGUAGGUGAUCGCGCACAGUGCAGCAUCAAGGUGUGGGCAUCGUCCAGCAGUCAACAAGAACAGACAUUUGCACAAACCCGCUAAUUAGCCAUGGCUUCGAGAUUUCGAAAGUUCGGCGUGACAGCAGCCGGCAUUGCGCUUGGUGCCGCCCUAUCCACCUAUGCCCUUCAGCACAAAGACACCCCACAGUACCAGGUCCAAAUGGAGGAAAUGCAACGCGUACGGCGUAAGCGCACUCUUCCACCACGAUCGGAGCAAAUCAAGGCCCUCCAAAGUGGAGAUGAGUAUGACGUGCUGAUCAUUGGCGGUGGUGCGACGGGUGCUGGUUGUGCGCUUGAUUCUGUAACACGUGGUCUCAAGACGGCACUGGUGGAGGCGGAUGACUUUGCCAGUGGCACAUCGUCCCGGUCGACUAAGCUGAUUCACGGUGGCGUGCGAUAUCUGCAGAAGGCUAUUCUCGGUCUGGAUAUUGAGCAGUACCGGAUGGUGAAGGAGGCCCUGCACGAGCGAGCCUCGAUGUUGCGAUCGGCUCCUCAUCUCACGAGACCGCUACCAAUCAUGCUACCGGUGUACACAUGGUGGCAGAUUCCGUACUUCUGGGUAGGCAUCAAGGCGUACGAUUUCGUCGCUGGUGAUCGCAACGUUAAGAGCUCGUACUACCUGUCGCGAGCGGACGCUCUUGAGCUGUUCCCUAUGCUGCGCGGUGACAAACUGUGCGGUGCCAUCGUGUACUACGAUGGGCAGCAGGAUGAUGCCCGCAUGAACCUGGCGAUCGCGUUAACCGCGGCCCGUCAUGGUGCUUCCAUCACGAACCAUGUCGAGGUGCUGGAGCUACUGAAGAAGAAGGACACCGCGGGCAAGGAGGUGCUGUGUGGUGCGAAGGUGCGCGACAACAUCAGCAAGAAGGAGUGGACGAUCAAAGCGAAGUGCGUGAUCAAUGCCACCGGUCCGUUCACCGACUCGAUCCGCAAGAUGGACAAUCCGACGGUGAAGGAAAUCUGUUGUCCCAGCUCGGGUGUGCAUAUCGUGCUGCCGGGUUACUACAGCCCCCAGCAGAUGGGUCUGCUUGAUCCGGACACCUCCGACGGUCGCGUGAUCUUCUUCCUGCCGUGGUUGAAUGGAACGAUCGCCGGUACGACCGAUUCGCCGUGUGAUGUGACGCGUACACCGACCCCCAGUGAGGACGAGAUCCAGUUCAUCCUGAGCGAAAUCAAGAACUAUCUCAACAAGGACGUUGACGUGCGCCGCGGUGAUGUCCUGUCCGCGUGGAGUGGCAUCCGUCCGCUCGUGUCCGACCCGAACAAGGAGGACACGCAGUCGCUGGCCCGCAACCACAUCGUGCACGUAAGCGACUCGAAGCUGGUAACGAUCGCUGGUGGCAAGUGGACGACGUUCCGUGCCAUGGCGGAACACACGAUCGAUGCCGCAAUUAAGGCGUGUGACUUGAAGCCCGAACGUGGUUGUGUCACCGACGGUCUGUGGAUCGAAGGUGCUCAGGGCUGGACGCCGACCAUGUACAUCCGGUUGGUGCAGGAUCUGGGUUUGGAGGUGGAAGUCGCCAAACAUCUGGCGAUUUCGUACGGUGAUCGCGCUUUUGCCGUUGCCAAGCUCGCUACGCUCACCGGCAAACGUUGGCCUAUCAUCGGUAAGAAGCUGCACCCGGAGUUCCCGUACAUUGAUGCGGAAGUACGGUACGGCAUUCGCGAAUACGCUUGUACGUGCGUGGAUAUGAUCUCGCGCCGACUCCGGCUGUCGUUCCUGAACGUGCAGGCCGCCAUAGAGGCUUUGCCAAUGAUCGCCGACAUCAUGGCGGAGGAGCUGAAGUGGUCGAAGGACGAGAAGGAGCGCCAGAUCAAGAAUUGCGAGCACUUCCUGCAGACGCAGAUGGGCCACCAGGCGAACCGGUCGCUUAAGGAGAAGGUACCGAUCAACCUGUCCAAGCAGGAAGCAGACAUGUACGUCAAGCGUUUCGAGACGAUCGACAAAGAGAAGAAGGGUUAUGUGUCGAUCACCGACAUCAAGCGCGCCAUGAAGUCGUUCGGUGACGCCGAGGUCACCGGAGAGGAACUGCACGACAUCCUGAAGGAAAUCGACACCAACAUGAACGGCCAAGUCGAGCUGGAGGAGUACCUACAGAUGAUGUCGGCGAUAAAGUCCGGAUUUGUGUCGCACUCGCGGUUCGCAGCCGUGGCGGAACAGGAAGAGAUCCGCAAGGAACAGGAGCGCCUCAAGAAGCAGAUCACCAUCGAACGCUCCGGAGCCACUAGUCAACGAAAGUAAAACUAAAACUCUGUGCGAUUUAGCUCCCAACUAUCGCGACUAAAGCAUGCCCUAUCCAUCCCCAAACAUCCACGCUAGGCUACACGUGCAGCCUUCGUGUAUUGCAUCUUUGAAAACCAAAGUUGUCCCAAAACUCCUAUAACGCAAACCCCACGUGCUCGUCGCGAACAUGCUGUCGUUAACCUGCUCGCAUUUGAGCGCGUUGUUUGUACAUGUGUAUUGUGCCGGUAGGCUGGUCUGGUUUGUUGCGUGUCGUCCUUGCUGAUGUGCGCUCGAAACAGGCGACCAAAUUACACUACUUUUUUUGUUAUUACCAAUGUACAUAAUUGUUGUAAGUCAUGCGCGUUAAUUUAACUAGCUCAAUUCUUCGAUAUGUUCAUUUUUCUGAAUGCUGUUUCACUCAACAAGGCAACUCAACCCUCCGAGAGAGAAACUCGUACAAAAGACAAAGAAACUAAACGAAAACGUAUGUUUAAAACGCUUACAAAAUCUGCACCUGCACCUGCAUAAGCACACGGUGAAAGCAGUAACGUCGGUAGUUUUGUGCACAUUUUACCGAUUUAUAGUAUGCAAUCGAUCAUCGGUAAUUAAUACUAGUAAGAAACAGAGAAGUUCCAUGUUUCAUCUGUGGAUCGAAGAUCGUUUAAUGCAAAUAUUUAUAGCACCCACGAAUAUUCCUGUCUAAAUGCGUCCGUUCUCGUAAGGUUACCAGCACAUCUAUUGAUGUUCAUCGGAGAGCAUAAAACGCUGGAAAAUGCUGGGAACUACAUGAACCGACUCAACCUCGAGUUAGUUUUUGAAAAUGAUCGACGGUAUGCCACCCAGUGCGUGUUGGGAUAAAAUGAAUAUGUAACAGAAAAGUUAUUCGCAAUACCGAAAGAUGGUUCUCGCUAACCAACUUGAUUGUCGAUUGUGCCAUCAUAUCUUUGUGCUGCCAAUUGUAUCUCAAAAUCAUCUUCAUUCUGUUGCUGUUCGGUUUUUGGGUGAAAAUUGAAGCAGAUCGAUUAAGCAAACAAGAACCUCACGCCCCCUUUCAUUGGCCUCAUCCUGCAAAAGCUCAUUCAUCGGUACGAAACAAUCGAUCACGAAGGACGAUGAACGAUGAUAAGUAAUUAAAUUAUUAUCUAGCGCUAAAUAAUCGUUGGAAACAAAAUGAUUGUUUUCUUAUUUCGCAAUCAUGCUUGAAAAUGUGUUUAAACAAAACAAAAAGUACGAACAAAAGUGCUCGUUUUUGGUUUCUGUAUCCUUUUUCAUUAUGUUGCAAAAGGAUUUAUUUGUUAUCGAUAAGAAAUAAUUGAAUGAAAUGUCACAGUAAUUGCUAUGAUAAAUAAAUUCCAACCAAACUCUA